AUGGCGGUUACUAAAGAUAAUGAACUAGACGAAAGUUCAGAAGUAAUUACCGAGGAAACAACGCCGGUUGCGUCGCGUGCUCAAUCAAAUUAUAGUACACAACGAACGAAAUUAUUAAUUGCACCAACGAAAUAUGGAGAAAACAGAGCACAAUAUUUAUGGAGAUUAUUGCGCUGUUCGAUUCGUCGAACGAUUGAGACUGUUUCACGUGCUGAUGAUACCGAUAUUGAACGAUCACAUGGUCUACAUUUUGUAAGAAAUAUGAAUCAUGAAAUUCAAGUAGAAUGUGUUUCAUUUAAUAUUAAACAAAAAGAAAUUAUAAGUAUUGACAAUAGAAGAAUCGCUCGCAUCUAUCAUUCUGAUGGUCGAGCAUUCAAAAAAUUGAAACUUGGUAUACAAUUAGAUCAAUUAUUGUAUUGUGUAAAUGAAGAUGAAUUUAUUGGUUGGUCAUUAGAAAAACGAGAAAUUCAUGUGUUUGGUCCUGAUCUUGACAUUUUGUCAACAUCAACGUGUGAUUACAAUAUUAAUGGUUUAAGUUAUAAUGAAUUGACAUCAGAUGUAUUUACUUGUGGACGUGGUGUUACCGUUUGGCAAUUUCGUUAUAAUCGAAAACAUCUAUUACCUAAAUUUGAAUGUCGAGAAGGUUUUUCAGACAAUAUUGAGUUUACUAUAUUAGCUGCUGAACAAGCAGGUGGCAAUAUACAACGAUUAUUUGUUACAUCGGGUUAUGAUGUUUUGACUUUCAAUGUAGCAGAUGAAGGAAAAGUAUGUUCAAUGAAACAAGAUUUACAUGUGCGACCGAUUGUAGCCAUGCUUUUUCAUGAACAACGCGAUGUUUUGAUUACAGCUGCUCGCGACGGAUCUAUUAAAGUUUGGGAUCAUCGUUGGUUUAUUCUAUUUGCUUAUGUUGGUCAUCAAGAUCGUGUAUUAUUUUUAAGUAAACAUCCAUUUGGACCCUAUCUUAUUUCGAGUAGUCAAGAUCGAACUAUUCGAGUAUGGAGUCUUGAAUAUGGUGAUGUUGUUGAUGUUAUUCCAGUACCUGAACCUGUAUCUCAUAUGAAUGUAACACGAAAUUAUGAAAAAUUUCUUGUUAAAUCAAUCAAAUGUUUGCAGCUAUGGUGUGUAAAACAUUAUUGUGAUUUUUUAACUUUUGCUGGAUCACCUAUUCUAAAAACAAUCUGUACGACACAUCCUGAUUAUCCAACACGAACAGUUCUUCUAUGUAAAGAUUCAACUGCACGAAUAGUUACUUCUGUUAAUGGUGAUGUAUUAACAAGUCUUGUUUGUGAUUUAAAUUUUAAAGCCACAUCAUGUGCAUAUGCAAUUGGUGAAAAUGUACUGUUUGUUUGCAAUGGCACUACGUUGAUUAAAGCAGAUACCACAGUAAAUCCUUGUAAAAUUAUGGAAAAGUUUAAUGUAACGGAUUAUACAAUUGAUUGUUUAUCAAUAUAUGAAUAUGUAACGCAGAGUGAUAUGGACGAAACGCCAAUGUUUAAAUCAUUAGUGACAAAACCAUCGAGUGAAUUAGUACAUAUUGCAUUAAAAGGUUUCAGUAGAACGUUAUUAAUUGCUGGUUUAAGCAACGGUUGUAUUGCUGUUUUAAAUUGGAAUACUGGAGAAAUUGACUUUUCUAUGGAGAUGCAUUCAGCUCGUCCGGUUGUUGAUAUUAUUUCUAAUCCAAGUACCGAUCAGAUAAUAUCGUGUGGUGCUGAUUUAAUUGUUCGCAUUUGGCGAGUGUUUCCUUAUGCUGUUGAAUCACUCUCAGUUGUCCGUUCAAUCUUUUGUGCUCUACCACCUAUUCAUCUAGCUAUGAUAAAAAAGUCACUUGCUGUUGCUUUCCGAGAAGAAUCAACAUUGACACAUUCAUUAAUGAUUUAUAAUUUAGAAAAUAAUGAGCGAUAUGAUCAUUUACCAGAAACUGAUCACUGUGAUAAAAUAACAGCCAUAGCAGGCUGUUCGAAAUUAAAAGUAGUCGCUACUGGUAGUCUUGAUGGUACAUUAAGAAUAUGGAAUGGAAAAAAUCAAUUGAUCAGAAUGAUUGUCAUUCAUGAUAAUAUUCAUUCGUUGGGUUUUUCAAAUGAUGCUGGAGAUUUAGUUAUUGGUAUAGGCGAUCAUUUAUACAAAAUGUUACAUACAGCAUAUUUGCCGAAAGCUAUUUUAUUUAAAACAAUAUCAAUGCAAUUUAAGCAAGAAAUACCUGAAGUGAAAGAAAGUGAAGAAACGGACAGUGCUCAAUUGACGCGUAUGUCAUCAGCGGAUCUUAUUCGUUUGAAACGAGCCCGUAAAGCAGAAAAAAUAGAAAUGAAUGUUAUUCCUGAAAAUGUCGGCGUUUCCGAAUUUCAUGCACGAUCAAUGGAACAUAUGAAAUUAAAAACUCUUGAAUUAGAAAAAUUAGAAAAACGUGAUAUAGAAAUUGCAUUAAUUGCAGAAGGAAAAAUUCAACGAACAAAAAAAUACAAAGUAUCAUCAAAAGUUCGAAAAGAAGCAUUUAAUGAAUAUAUGAAAUUAUAUUUAAAAGAACCAAAAAAAGGCUUAUUAGACGAUGAUAUGUAUAAAAUAACAGAUCAAGACUUAUUUGGGCCACCACCAUCGAAAUUGGACACGUUUAUAACUCAAAGAGAUGACGAGGGAUUUUUUCCUUCAAUAAAAGAAGCAAAUCAAGAUCCUCUAUCGCAAUUGUAUCAAGAACGUCAAAAAAAAUUAUCUGAACUUCAAGAACAUUAUAGUAAUCAAGCACCACGUCUCAACGAUGAUAUUCGUAUUAUCAAGCAACAACAAGAAAAAUAUGAACUGAAAAAAUUACUUAAUAAUAAUCUAGAAAAAAUAACUUUACCUGAUGAUCGUCCUCAUUAUGGACCUGGUGCUGUUGUGCCGAAUUCUGUUUUGGCUAAAUUACUUUGGCCUAAUCGACAACCCAAGAAACCAGUACGAGACGAAUGGAUACCACCUGUUUUAUCUGCAGAACAAUUAAAAGCACUAGAAAAAGAAACUCCAGUUCGUCUACCAGGAAAAGCUAAAGAAGUUCCAAGUUCUGAACCAGUUGAUGAAGAAGCUGAAUGGAAAGAAUUAAUGGAAGCAACAAUGAAAAAGAAACUCGAUGCUGAUGACGAUGAGAUGAUCGAACGUUUAGAAAAACAGAAGAAGAAAAAUCAGAGUGAUUUUAUGAAACAUUUAACUGAUCUUGCACAACAAGCUGCUGAGCCGAUUUCAUCAGCAGAACCUGAACCAUUCGGUGAUGAACUCAAUCCUGAAUCUGCCGGAGCAGCUCCAGGUUCAUCACAACCCAAUAGUCGAUUGGCUCGUCAAGUUCCAUUACGACGUCCACCAGUUGUCAAAACCGCUACGCCAUCAAAACCGGCUCGAAUACCUGUUAAAGUCAUACCAAUCGCUACUAGUGAAUCAACACAAACCAUGGAAACACGUGUUAAAACUCCACGCCAAUUUUCAGGACCAUUUACGCGUUUUAUUGAUAAACUUAAAGAGUUAAAUUGGUUUGAAGAACAAUAUCCAUUAGUUAAAGUUGAUGGUUUUCUCGACAAUUGUGAUGAAGGCGUAUUUCCAACUGAUGUAUUACAACGCAUAGAUUUCAUUUCAGCUGUUGAAAAUCGUAUUGUAGUUUUACAUGAAAUUGAAAAUUUGUAUCGUGCUAUCCCAAUAAAUGAUAUUGGACGUGAUACAGUUGUCGAUAGAAUUUUAUUUCAAUUAUCUAAAUUUACUCCACCGAAUUAUGGACCAAACGAUAUUGAAUUUAUUACAACAUAUCUUCGUUUACUUGCUCAUAUGAAUAAAAUGACAAUGGACGUUGUUGCUGAAUUAAUUUUUUGGUAUUUAGAUGGUGGUGAACAAAUUCGGCCAUUUGUUAAGAAUCUAUUUAAUCGAUGCGGAUUGGAUGAUCCAUUCGGUCAUUUCUAUAGUGAAAUGGAUUCAUGGAAAUUAUGGGAACUCAAUCCAAUUGAAUCACGCAGCACAGGAAUAAAAUCACUUGCUACUGAAUGGCUUCGACAGUAUGUAUUUCGAAUAAUAUUUUUUGAACAUUUAAUACGUAUUGAAAAAUUUCAUUAUAUUCAUACAUUACUGCAUUCGUCUAAUAUUUUAUUAAAUAGAUGGUUACGAGCAUUCCGUACACAUAUUGAAGAAAUGCAGUUCCGAUUGAAAAAUGGUGAUAUACAUGUGCAAAUAAGUAAUGCAACAUCAAGAGCCUUAACUGGUGAUACAUCAUUGGCAACAAGAUCAUCAGUCAAUGGCAAAAAUGUAACAAUAACAGUAGAUGGAUUACCACGUGUAACUACAAGCAAUAUAUCAUACAUGGAAGUAAUAAAUUAUUUUGUUGAAAUAACUCAAGAUCAAAUAGAGGAGCGCAAUCAACCAAGAGAGAAGCCUGAUAAUAAUACAAUUCUUGUUUUACCGAAAAUUAAUAAACAAUCUGCACUCGUACGAUUGGGAGAAUCACAUACUGAUUUUCAUCGACCAAUUAAACGAUACCCACUCCUUCUACCGCAUGAACAUCGUUUUGAACCAGGUGAUCUUAGUAUGGGACGAUGUAUUAAUUAUCCAGUGAGAAAACUAUUUCUCGAUCCAUUUCGCCGUCAAAUUUUUUCUGACGAUGUUGAUUAUGAAGAUUGCGCACCAUACUUACUUACACUUAAACUAGCACCAAAAUAUUUUCUACCUGUUCUUUCACAAGUGACCAAAAUUUAA